UUUUUUUUUUUUUAUUAUUAUUUUCUUUUUGUAGUUCGGCGAAGGAUUUGUGGAGUUGGGUCAUCGAUUUCUGUUUGUGGGGGUUUAGAAGAGAGAUUGAAGAAGCGAUCACCAUGUCUUGGCGGGGGAGGUUGUCGCAGGUGGCGCAAGAGCUUCGGAUUCAUUGCUGCCAGACCUCGCCUGCGUCCACUGUCACUAGGAAAUUUAUUCAGAGGAACUAUGCUGACUUGAAAGCUCUGAACCCAACGAUGCCCAUCCUGAUCCGCGAGUGCAGUUGCGUGCAGCCUCGCCUUUGGAUAAUGGUGUGGAGAGAAGUGUAGAGCUGGAUGGUAUGACGGAGCAAGAAAUCGAUCAAUCGCUGGAGAGUUUGUCAAGCAAAGCACCCAAGGCUAAUU